AUGGAUGCUUCGGCGCGCUAUGAGUCCUCGGCAGGCGACCUUUCAUCACCCCCAUCGGGCUUCUCAUCCGAGGCUGGGUCACCAUCCCGCCAGCCUGGUCUCCCACGUAACGCCCCGGUCGAGAUUAAUGUGAAGAAUGAAAACCGUGGGCAACGUCAAUCUGCUCCCCAAUAUGAGCAAAUCCAGACAGUCCCUGCAGAAGGAAAUGGGCCAGCAAAACGCUUUGGUCUAGUGGACGGUCUUUGGGUUCAGCUAACCGCCGCCGGCUUACCGCGCAAGAAGCCGGGUCGUAAGCCAGGUGCAGGUGGCAAGACCAGAACCCCAGAUGGAGCUGACCAACAACAGCCUGGGCAGCCAGAGCAAGCCAAGGUCCGGAAGCCAAGAAAGCCCCGUGACCCUAAUGCUCUGCCAGUCCAAAGGAAGAGGAAGAUCGCACCUGCUGAUGCCCAAUCUGCCGAAUCCGCUGGACGAUCUCCUAAGGUGUUGGCUCUUGGAGACCAACAUGCUGAGACUCCGCAUCCCUCACCAGGUCUCAACUCGAAGUCUGCGCCUCAACCACCGGAACCGCGCUAUUCCCCCAGCGUGCCAAAGCGUGAAAGCUUUCCGGGCUCAAUGCAAAAUAUCCUAAAUGCUGAACCGCCUGCCCAGGCUUCCGGAAGUAGCAAUUCGAUGCCAGUUCGCAGUAUUGGCCAGUCGUAUGAUCCCAUCCGCGAUGGGAAAUAUGACCCGGUUCGUGAGACUGUGGUGUCAAACAAUCUCUUCCCAUCAGCUUCUGGAUCUCCCAGAGUACAAACCAGCCAAACCGUUCAUCGGUCACCAUCAAUUGCAAGUCUCAUCGAGCCGCAAGCGCCCCCGUUACGGUCGCCAAUUCCUUCUCAAAAUGGUCAAACACCGUCAAUCACGAUGCCACCCAAACUUCAGGUGAACGAUAGCGCAUCGGCAUCUGGGUCUCCCUCAAAGCCUGCUAGAGUAGUCUCCGAUCUGCUCUCUACGUCACGCUCUACUGCCCAGGAACCGAAGAAGGAUCAGCAACCCCCCCCUCCAGCAGCGGCGCAACCGGUCAUCAAGGAAUCUAACUUUGCCACCAUUGCAAACGGCCCAGUGAAGAAGCUCACACCUAAGGAGAAAAUCCAGACAGGUACAUCAACUCCAAAGACUGACAAUUUGGACGACAUCACGCAGGAGGGAGAGGGGAGAUCGAUUCUCGAUUUCGGAAGAGCGAAGCCAGGAGAAGAGGCUCAGGCACCUACGAUUGUUCUUAAUAUUCCCAUCAAGACGGGCGAAACAAACAAAUACGUGAAUUUCAUGCGUCUUGCGGAAGACAGGUAUGGCUGGGAUGCACUGCACCCUCGCCUUGCCGCCAACCGUGAUCGCAAAGCGCGAAUUGCAGCCGCAACUGCCUCCCUUGAGAAAAUAGAAUCGGGCAGAGAGUCUGGAGACGAGAUGUCUGUCGACCUUUCAGACGUCGAAGGUAGCAACCCGGAGAACGGCGGAACUAGUGGCAUCGACACCCAGGCGAAGCCAAAGAAGAAGCGCAAUUUCAAAGAAGAUCACUAUGAUAUCGAUGACGACUUUGUUGAUGAUUCGGAAUUGUUAUGGGAAGCCCAGGCUGCUGCGAGUCGUGAUGGCUUCUUCGUUUACUCCGGCCCUCUUGUCCCAGAGGUACCGAAGUCAGCUGCUAGCCAGGAUGGGCCUCCUAAACGUGGGCGAGGGGGUGGUAGAGGCAGUCGUGGUGGACGCGGCGGAGCCUCUACUCGGGGAGGCUCGGGUACUGGGCGUGGCGGUGGCCCAGGCUCUAGGGGUGGUUCCAUUACCCGAAAACCACGGAUCACAAAAUCCGAGAAAGCUCAACGUGAACGCGAGAAGACAGAACGAGAGUCGCUGGCUCAGGUGGACAAUUCAUCAGCGUCUACGCCGAAGCCCUCUUUUGCUGUGAGCGAGGUGGGCGCCUAG